UAUUAAAAUCCAUUUGAUCUAACAAAUAAUGGAGGCCUUCCUCAAGGAGUUUCAACAUCUUGCAAUCCGACUUGAAGAGAUAAAUUUAGCCACCAACACCUUUGAUAAAAGCCAACUUAUUGGGGACGGUGGAUUUGGGAAAGUGUAUGAAGGAAUACUCUCUAAUUUCAAGGGGCAAAGCAUGGUUGCUUUUAAGCGUCUAGAUCGUAGGUAUGGGCAAGGAGAUCCUGAGUUCUUGAAAGAGAUCCUGAUGCUUUCUCGUUACACACAUGAACAUCUCAUCACUCUUCUAGGAUUUUGCAACGAGGGUGAUGAGAAGAUCCUAGUGUACGAGCAUGCGUCUCAUGGAAGUCUUGAUCGCUAUUUAAGUAGCACAGCUCUCACAUGGAGACAACGUCUCAUGAUAUGUCUUGGGGCCGCAACAAAGAGUUCUCCAUGGUGAUAUAAAAAGCUCCAACAAUUUACUCGAUGAGAAUUGGAAUGCCAAAAUUUCUGACAUGGGACUCUCGAAGGGUUCCAUAUCCAUAUGGAAGGCGAAGAGGAAGAGUGGUUUUCUCUUGACAAAGAUGGGAAAAAAUGUCUUAUGCUACCAGCAGCAGUGGCUUUGAAAAGAAAGAAGUGGAGUUGGCAAUCUUUACCGGAAUCAAGAUUUGAAGAAGUAGCUUUUGAUCCUACUUGGAGCUUUGCUAUACGCUGCAAUACCUCCAAUAUGCUAUCAGCUCAAACAUGUUAUGGAGCUUACCUUGUUUACAAAUUACAAGAAAACCAUUCUAGAUUUGAGCCUCCUAUGAAAGUGUGGAUGACAAGUCAUUUCUCAGAGACAUUAUCAAUCUCACGAUAUAUCUAUUUGAUUAGUCCUCAAACCCCAGUUAUCAAACGAAAGGUUUAUGAAAAUACCCACAACCCAUUGAAUAGAUCCAAAAUAAAAGGCCUUCCACAACAAAGGAAAGAUGGUUGGAUGGAGGUACAAAUAGAUGAACAACUUACACAAACUCCCCAGAGUUUUGGAAAACUGUCAGUCAACUUUGCCCCUAACCAGUCGCUUAAAGGGCUUAUUGUGCAAGGUAUUGAGUUCAGACCAUGUAAUUAGAAAUGAUAGUUGUAAAAGGCUCUCUUAUUUAAUUAUGAUUGGUU